UUUACUUGCGUGUUCUUCUUAAUCAUGUUCGAGGACCUAAGUCAUUUGAGGAUUUAAGGACAGUUGAUGGGGUCUUACAACCGACAUUCAAGAAAGCAGUUGAAGAACGUGGUUUGUUAGAAGAUGACGAAAGUAUUAGACAAUGUCUACGUGAGGCCUCUAAUAUACGUAUGCCGUCAUCUUUAAGAAGAUUGUUUGUCACCAUCCUGGUUUAUUGCAUGCCCCAUGGAGUACGCAGUUUGUGGGAUGAAUUUUAUCCAUUCAUGAUAGAGGAUUAUCCUUCUUCGAGCACCACGGACAAUGUACAUAUCACAAAUAGACUUUUACGAGACUUGAACGAGUUGUUGGUGCAGUACAGUAAGUCCGUCUUUGAUUAUGACUUGCCAGAAAUGACUCAAGAUGGUGGUGAAAAUUCUUCAAUGCCAAGGCUAAUACAAGAUGAAAUUUCAAUUAACAUUCCUCAAGAAGACCGGGAUGCAGUUCAUCAUUUGAAUGAGGAUCAAACUUUUGCAUACAAUUCCAUAAUAUCUGCUAUUGAGUGUCAUGACAAUGCCAUAUUUUUUGUUGAUGGUCCAGGAGGAACUGGAAAGACAUACUUAUAUCGUGCAUUAUUAGCAAGCUUGAGAAGCAAUGAUCAUAUUGUAUUGGCAACAGCAACUUCUGGCAUAGCAGCAAUAAUACUACCUGGUGGGAGGACGGCACACUCUAGGUUUAAAAUUCCCCUUCAUCUUGAUGCAUCUUCAACAUGUUGUAUUAGUAAACAAUCUGAUUUAGCAGAGUUGAUAAGAAAGUCAUCGGCAAUUGUUUGGGAUGAAGCACCAAUGAUGAAUCGAUAUGGGUUUGAAGCUCUUGAUCGAACAUUUAGAGACAUAACAAGUGUCGAUUUGCCAUUUGGAGGAAAGGUGAUGAUCUUCGGGGGUGAUUUCCGACAAGUUCUUCCUGUUAUCCAUAAGGGUACGAGAUCUGAGAUGGUGCAAGCCAGUUUGAUUAAUGCUUCAUUUUGGAAGGAUGUGAAGAUUCUUCGUUUGACACAGAAUAUGAGAUCCAUCAACGAUCCAGAUUUCUCAGAGUUCUUACUUCGUGUUGGUAAUGGAGAACAACCAACUGUGGUUGAAGACAUAAUACAAAUACCUUGGCCCAUGAUCAUACCAUGGGAGAAUGAAGAAUCAAUCAACCAGUUGGUUAAUCAAGUCUUCCCUAAUUUGGAUCGUCAUGUAAAUGAUGCCGGGUACAUGGUUGAAAGAGCAAUAAUUACUCCAAAAAAUGAUGAUGUUGACGUACUCAAUGAAAGAAUCAUACAACACUUUCCAGGGCCUGAACGAAUCUUAUACUCUUUCGACUCAGUUGAGGAUGACACCAGAAAUAUGUAUCAACAAGAAUUUUUAAAUUCGAUUUCACCUUCUGGUAUGCCGCCACAUCAGUUGAUUAUAAAGAAAGGUGCCCCAAUUAUGCUUUUGAGGAAUAUUGACCCAAAGAUGGGGUUGUGCAACGGUACAAGAUUGACUUGCCGCGGAGCAUAUAACAAUCUAAUUGAUGCAGAGAUUUUAACAGGACAUUUUUCGGGAACUAGAAUUUUCUUGCCAAGAAUCGCUCUUAAGAGUGCCGAAAGUUCUGGACUCCCGUUUGAGAUGACAAGAAAGCAGUUCCCCGUAAAGUUGAGUUUUGCACUUACCAUAAAUAAAUCACAAGGCCAGACAAUACCAAAUGUUGGUAUUUACCUUCCUGAUCAUGUGUUCAGCCAUGGACAGCUGUACGUGGCUUUAUCGAGAGGAGUUUCAGAGGCAAGCACCAAAGUUUUGGUAAAAAAAGGUUCAUUAGAGGGUGAGGAAGGGGUAUUCACAGCAAACGUUGUGUAUAAAGAAAUUUUGCUUCCUUCCACAUAAUGCAAUUUUAGAAGGUACCUAAGACAAUUGAUUAUUUUUUUUAUAAAAGAAAUUUUUUUUAGUUGAUAAAGCUGCAUAUUUAAGACAUUUAUAUUUUUCAGGACACCAUGAGAUUGCUAAUCUUAAGAGCCGCAAGGAAGAUAACUUUUCAAAGGAAAAAGAAUCUGUGAAUGCAAGUGUGUAGAAACUGGUCUUCAUGUUACGGUGAUCAUAAUACUUUUUAUUAUAUUUUUAAAGCUUUUUGUAUUGGCAGCAUUAUAUAAGGUACUUAUAUUUUGUUAGUUUUUUUUUUCUUAUCAUUGUCAUUUGU